UUCUUAUUUCAUGUCUUAGAGAGCUUGCUUGUUCAUUAUAUUGCGCGUGUAUUCGAACUCACUCUUGUUUCCUCCACAUCUCAAUUUGUUACUGUGUGUGAAAAUGGUAGGAUUCUCGACGCAGCCGUAUGGGAUACAGUCAAUGCUUAAGGAUGGGCAUCGCCAUAUGUCUGGCCUGGACGAGGCUGUGCUCAAGAACAUCGACGCCUGCAAGCAACUCUCUACUAUUACUCGCACCUCCCUCGGCCCCAAUGGCAUGAAUAAAAUGGUUAUCAAUCAUUUGGAUAAGCUCUUUGUCACCAAUGAUGCUGCAACUAUUGUAAAUGAGCUGGAAGUUCAGCAUCCCGCUGCCAAACUUUUAGUUUUGGCCGGAAAAGCACAACAAGAAGAAAUUGGGGAUGGAGCUAAUUUAACUGUUUCAUUUGCGGGUGAACUUCUUCAAAAUGCUGAAGAACUCAUUAGGAUGGGACUGCACCCUAGUGAGAUUAUCAUUGGAUACACCAAGGCAAUUAACAAGACGAUUGAGAUUUUGGAGGAAUUGGUCGAGGAAGGUUCUCAAACUAUGAACGUCAGAGAUAAAGAUGAUGUAAUUUCACGAAUGAGAUCUGCAGUAGCCAGCAAACAAUUUGGCCAAGAGGAUAUAUUGUGUCCUCUCAUAGCUGAGGCUUGUAUACAGGUUUGCCCUAAGAACCCUGUUAAUUUCAAUGUCGAUAAUGUCAGAGUUGCAAAGCUCGUAGGUGGAGCUCUGCAUGAUUCCGUGGUAGUUCGAGGACUGGUAUUGAAGAAUGAUGCUGUUGGGACUAUAAAGAAAGCGGAAAACGCUAAGGUUGCUGUUUUUGUCGGGGGUGUUGAUACAACUGCAACAGAAACCAAAGGAACCGUUCUUAUUCACAAUGCUAACCAGCUCGAAAACUAUGCAAAGACUGAAGAAGCAAAGGUUGAGGAACUAAUUAAAGCCGUUGCAGAUUCAGGUGCUAAGGUUAUUGUUAGUGGUGCAGCUGUUGGCGAAAUGGCAUUGCACUUUUGUGAACGCUACAAGCUCAUGGUGCUGAAAAUCAGCUCCAAAUUUGAACUAAGACGAUUUUGCCGCACUACUGGUGCUGUCGCUCUUUUAAAGCUCAGUCAGCCCAGUGCAGACGACCUUGGAUAUGUUGAUUCUAUUUCGGUGGAAGAAAUUGGCGGAGCAAGGGUUACGAUUGUAAAAAAUGAACAAGGUGGAAAUUCUGUAUCUACUCUUGUGCUGCGAGGAAGCACUGACAGCAUAUUAGACGACCUAGAAAGAGCAGUUGAUGAUGGUGUGAAUACGUAUAGGGCGAUGUGCAGGGACAGUCGCAUAGUACCUGGAGCUGCAGCUACAGAAAUUGAAUUGGCUAAAAGGCUGAAGGAAUUUUCUUUCAAAGAAACAGGAUUGGAUCAGUAUGGCAUAGCAAAAUUUGCAGAAAGCUUUGAAAUGAUACCAAAAACUUUGGCUGAGAAUGCUGGGCUUAAUGCAAUAGAAAUCAUCUCAUCUUUAUAUGCCGAACAUGCAUCUGGUAACACCAAAGUGGGCAUUGAUUUGGAGGAAGGUGUCUGCAAAGAUGCCUCUACCGUGCGCAUAUGGGAUCUCCACAUCACUAAGUUCUUUGCCCUAAAGUAUGCCGCUGAUGCUGCUUGUACUGUCCUGCGAGUAGACCAGAUCAUUAUGGCAAAACCAGCUGGCGGUCCAAAGCCCCAACAACAAGGAGGGAUGGACGAGGAUUAAUUUUGGUGGGCUUCAUAUUUUCUUGAGAUAUUUAUUAUGCAGCCUCCUCCCUGAGCUGAUCAAGUUAGGAUCAAUGUUUUAUGUUAUCUUUCAUGAGCUUGUUCUUCUUCCUCUUUUGUUUUUAUCUAUUUGGCCUAAGAUAUAUUUAAUUUGGUUCUGAAUUUUGUAGUGUUUAUUGUAUAUGUUGGGUUUUGGUCUUAUUUUGAUUAAUUGAUCAAUAGUGAUUGGUUUGUGCUUCUAUUGUAACAGAGAGGUUUAUUGUGGAGAUAAUUGUCUUUCAUUCAAAAUUUUGUUCUCCAAA